AUGAACGUCACCAAAAGCAAAAUAGAUAGAGCUAUAGACAGAUACAAAGGGCUUAGAAUAGGAAGAGGGGAAUAUAAAGACAUGGUUAGAAUACUAACAGAGGAGAAUUUUACAAAUACAUCUCGCUCAAAAGUCAUGGAGUUGAUUGAGCUUUUCAUUUCAGCGGAAACCAAACCAGUUUACUUGAAUGAAGUGAAGAAUUAUCUGUUUGAGAAUAAUAAGGCUCUUUAUGAGCGUUAUGCCAGCAUGUUUCUGAAAAACCCUGGCGUGUUUGAAGCAUUUGGAGUGCAAGGAGAAGAAAGAAAUCCAGCGGUGCAAGAGGAUGGGCCUAUAGAAUUCAAGAGUCUAAAGCCAAAAUUAAGUGGGAUAGGUAUUAAGAGAAAGUCAAAGGCCCUGAGAAAAGCAAUCCACAGAGAAAGCAAGAUGUCUGCACAUCAUAAGAUCAUGGAAGAGAAAUCGGCCUCUAUUGAAUAUCAGAGGAAAAUAGACAAAAUGUACAGGAAGGCACGAAAAGAAUAG